CCCUGAACUAGGAAACACUAGCUGAGCACACAGGCUGGGAGAGCUGACUGGAUCACAUCACCAUGAGAGUAAUCAGCAGUUUUAUGAAGCUUGGCAGGUUCAGCCUCUCUGCUAACUUUCCAAUAAAUGUUUCUCAUGGGAAUUGGAGAUUAGCCAGAGCAGUUUGGGGAAUAAAAGGCUAUGGAACUGACUCGGACUCAUCCAGGCCAAUUAGCCGCUAUCCUGUGCCUUACAAAAAAGACUUGCCAUAUGAUAUAGUAGAACUAAUGGAAGAAGUAGAGAAAAAGAGUGGAUUUUUACCAAAUGUUUUCAAAGUAUUGGCUCACAGACCAAGCGAAUUCAGAGCCUUUUUUGCCUAUUAUGAUGUAAUUAUGAACAAGGAAACCGGAAACCUAACUAAAGCUGACCGAGAGCUUAUAAUUGUGGCUACAAGUGCAAGUAAUAAGUGUCCUUAUUGUGUAACUGCUCACAGUGCAUUGCACAGAAUAUAUUCAAAGCAAAGAACACUGGCUGACCAGGUGGUUCUUAAUCCUGACCUAGCUGACCUAAGUAAGAGGCAGCGUGCCAUGCUAGAGUUUGCCUUGGCCAUCGCAAAACCGGAAAACAUAACUGAAUCACAGUUCCAGAAGCUAGAGGAACAUGGAUUCGACCGCGAGGACGCCUGGGAUAUUGCAAUGGUUACGGGCUUUUUUGCUCUGGCGAAUCGUAUUGCUCACUUAACUGACUUGCGACCCAAUGAGGAGUUUUAUACCUUAGGCAGAAUUCCAAGAGAGAAGUCUAACGAAAAAUAAUUAGUUACAGAACUGUUUCUGAUCAUGUGGACAGAUUACCUCAAUCUGCUUUAUAUGCUGAUAUCAUUAAUGCUCAGUUGUUAACUAAGCUGUG